GAAGGGAAGGAAAUUAAAGGCAAGAUGGCGAGAAACAGUCCUCCGGUCUCGCGACUCAGGUUGCGUUCCAGUUCGGGCCGCGUGUUGAGUGAUGGCAAAUGCGCUGGAAAUGCAAAUUUAGAGAGUACAGCUGAAGACUGCACCAUUAAUAGGUCUCGUAGUGGAAGCGGUUCUAUGGUCUUCUCUUCUGUUAAAGACAGGAAAGAGGCCAAAUUUUCUAAUGCACGAGGCUACCCUAUCAAUCUGCCUUCGGCGGAUCCAAUACAAAGUGUUUUAGAAAGACUGCAAUUUUGGAACAAAGAUGAAGGGAUCAAGCAAGACCAGAGACUUCACAGUCGAGCAGUUUCCUUUUCAAAUCAGUCUCUCUUGCAUUCAGCAAUAUCACGUGAUGAUGCCGUGGAGCUUAGCGACCUUAUUGACAGUGAGAACCCGGAUCUAAAUGCCCCGGAUGAAGUCGGCAUCACACUGCUUCACCGCGCAGCCAUCGAUGGAAGUUACCGCUGUCUCAAUUUUCUUCUCUCUCGAGGCGCUAAUGUGGACGUGACGGAUUUUGAAGGCUGGACUCCACUCCACGACUCAGUGUUCCAUGGGCAUAUCCGCUGUGCGGUUAUUCUUCUUAUCUCGGGCGCUGACGUGGAGGCAGAGACAAAGGACUUCCUUAAACCAAUAGAAAUGGCGGAAGACGAGGAAAUGAUUUUAGUGGUAGGCAGAUCUAUGGCAUUGAAUAAGACUGGACAAAAUCCAAAUUAUGAUAAAGAAACUCUGGUUUAAAAUCAAGAUAAUACCUACCUAAUGGGUGUCUUAUUUUAAGAAUGCAGUAACUGAAAAUACUAAGAACAAUUUGAAGCUAUCAACGUUUACCUUUCUUUACGGUCGUGAAGCUGAGGGAAUUUGAAGAUAUGUUUUUAGCUUGGCCACUUUGGAAACACGCCAGACAACGCGCGAGGCCUACUCUUUCCUCGCGCGCCCCUUCAAAUCAUACUCCAUCCCAUACCUGAGGUGCUCAGCCUGUGUUAUCAAGGGACAGUGAGGAAAUUUCUGCCUACCGCUAAGCCCUUGCAUACGGCUGCUGCGCCCGCAGUACGAGCGGCAGUCAAAACUGAGCUGUCCUACCCAAACGAUAGAAUAAUAUCUUUUUUCUUCGAAGCUAACAAAAAUAAAGACAAUGCUAAAGUUGCUUUGGCCUCUUCUAAUAGUUAACUUGACAAUUCCGGGCUUAUUUUGACGAGGAACAGCAUAUUUUGUUCAAAAUGACACAACUACUACCCUAUCUCGCGACACUCGACGAACUGCGAGCGAGUUGUGCUGCCGGACGCUGGCGACCCAUUGUUGGCGGCAAAUUGGAAGCUUGGAGACUGAAAAUGUUUCAUAUUUUUUACUUUUUACAAUCUGAUAUGGCUUUUGGAAUUGUAAAUCCCUUUUCGUG